GCGGCUUCAUUCUAGAGAACCGGCUGGAAAAUAUUAAGAAAACCUUGAGAACAAAGGUGUCUACUCUCGUGACCUGAAAUAGUUAAAAAUAUGGAACAACUGUUGGAUAGAGUUAAUUCAUUAGAAUUAACUGUAGCACGAUUAAUAAAAUGGACAAAUUUUCAACACGAGAAUGACGACAUCAUUACGAACAAUUUAAGCUUGUCAUCAUCCACCUAUAAAAACGGGAAUUGUGCUGAAAUCAAAAUUGAACCCGAGAUUAAAUUGGAACAGGAAAAUUGCAACGUUAUUCUUCCCUCAUCUUUCGACGAGAUUGAGGAGGGUGAAGUCCGACCAGUCAUUAAUCUGACUGAUAACCCGCUCGGCGACAGUAUUUUAGCCCCUAAUUAUUCAUCCGCACAGCUCAAUUUCCAACCACAGGUAUUCAUAGGUGGCCCAGCAACAAAUUUAUUCACAAGUACGUCCUUGCCAUACCCUCAGCCCCAUCAACGACCAAAUAAUUCACAAACUAAACGACGGACACAAGUGGAUCGUAAUCUGAAGAAAGCUGUCCGGACUUCCCGUAUCGAACGCAAAAAUCUAGCUGCAAGAUCUUUGUACCAAAUUCCUUGUCCGUCUUGUGGCAGAAAAUUCACAAAGAGGCAGCACAUGAAGAGACACCUUUCUGACGUCUGCCAAAAGACAGUGUUCCAAUGUCGCUUGUGUAACAGGACGUUCGUCGAGAAGUCUGAACUCGACCGCCAUCUGGGACGCAGACAUUUAAAAGAUCAAUUUCAUUGUGUCCGAUGCACCGUUAAUUUUUCCAAUCAUGACGAACUCGAUUCUCACAUAAGGUCCACCCAUCCUGACACACACAAGUGCUCCAUUUGCUGGAAGGAAUUUAAAUACAAAGAGCGUUUAACGGCUCAUGAGAAAGUGCAUAAGUAAAUAGCUGAUAACAAAGUUUGAUCUCAUAAAUUGAUUUGACAACGGUAUGAUAUGACAAGUGCGUCAGCAAGGAGAACUCCACAAAAAUAAACCGUUACAACGCAUGUAAGCAAGGGGUGAAAGAAGUGUGUCACAGUAUCCAUCUUCGAACUCGUCCUGUCCAUUGACGUUACGAGUUUACGUUCAAAAUUUCAAGUCUGUAUGUCCUUCCGUUCAAAAGUUAUCGGACCGACGGACGGACGGACGGACAUAUCGAUCUUAUAAAGGGCUUUCACCCCUUAAUAAAUCCAGGAUGUAGAAUUUCUCCUUCGCUAAUAUUUUUUACAAUAAUAAUUUACGUAGUGUAUGCAGCAUAUCUGUUGUACCAAAAUUCUGUCUGUAUUUAAUAAAAUGUGUUACGGAUUGAAAAAUCCCAUAUUUGUACGACUGGUAUA